AUGGCUGCAAUGGUCGCGUGGAAUGCUUGCCACUUGCUGUCUGUCAUCGCCCAUGCAGUGUGCAGCACCAACAGCUUGCCCAUGCCUGUGCUUGGAAUCAUGUUAGCCGUACGGUUGGUUGUUGUGGCUUUUGCUUUGGCUGCUGCUGAGAAGAUGCAAGCGCCUUCCAGCUUCAUGCUGGUAAGUGGUGUCUCUUCACCGCGAGAGAUGUGUCUAGUCGGGAUGGGCCCAGCGGGUGCUUUAUUGGACGAGUGCACGGCUGCACUUGCAGAGCUGGACGGACGUGAGGUUUGGAGUCUCACAGGCAGUGGCUCCUUGACGAAUUUAGCUGCAAAAAAGUGUUUGGCCGCGCAGCCUGAUGCUGCUGCUGGGAGUGCUGUUGAGCUAGCGCCUUGCGAUGAAGCAGGGAAGAGUUCAACCUGGGAGUUGCAGGCCAACGGACAAAUAAAGCUUGGGGCCAGCAACAUGUGCCUGAGCCAAGCAGGGCCUUCGCCUGGCCGUGCAGAUCUUGCCUCUAGCUCCGCAGUUGUUGCUAGCUCCACAUUGGACCCUGCGCACGGAGCUGCCCUUGUUGUUGAUGGUCUCGCAUCAUCCUAUUGGGUAUCCAAGUUAGACGAAGCAGGCCCUGUGUCUUUGACGCUUGAAUUUGACAAAGCGGCGCCUGUGCUCGAAGUAGAGCUUGAUUUUGAAUUUGCCCCUUCUUCUUUCGUGCUGCAAAGCUUGGGGGCAAGUGGUAAAUGGAUUGACGAGUUUGCAACUGACACCAACAUCCUUCGAACCGCCAAGCUCCCACUGGCCGGUGGCCCGGCCUAUGGCGCGAGGCUUGUGAUGAACAAAGCGCAUGCGACCCAAGCCGUGCUGGGAGGUCAUUCCAUCUUUGGGGUACGUUCCUUCAAGGUCCUUGCCCCACUGAUGCGCCCGGUUGUGGAGCCUUGCGUGGUGGCGGCCAAGAGCAGUGAUGCUCGAGACAAAUAUUUUGCCGUGGCCGUCGGCUCCUUUGAUCCUUCGUCUGGUGCGGCGCUGCGGUCGGAGCUUCCUGCUUUGGACUCUGCCGGCGCAGCAGUUGCCGCCGCAGUGACGGAGCUUGCGGAAGCAGUCCCAGAUGCGCGUGCAUGCAAGAAAGGCGCUGCCUUCAAGUCAAAGGCAGGACGCCGCCAGACAGUAUCAUCCACUCGCAAGAGUCUUGGAGGAGCAGAAAUUGGCGAGCAGGAAGCUUUGCUUGUCGAGGCCAAGAAAACCAUCAUCGCCGCUCGCAGCAUUUUGCAAUGA